GCACCAAGGAAGCAGAUCAUUCCUGGUGUGAUCGAGCAGGCACUUGCGUCUGUAUCUGCGUCUGCUUCAUCUGCAUCGGCAUCUGCGCAUAGUACAAGCACACUGCGGCCAUGGGCGGAUCAUGCAUCCACCUGGGACAGCCUCGUUCCCGUCUGUGUCUCUUCUGGCCCGAGGGCUGUAUGCUCUGCUUUGUGCAGUACCUUGCCUCGGCCGGCUCUGCGACAUCGCCUCUCGCCCACGGAGAACCGAUGCCGCCUAUCGACUGCCGCCCUCAAGAACAUGCCUGGGAAGCACAGGCUUCAGACUGGUACAUGCGGGGCGACGGCCCUGUCUCUGAAGACCGAGUUGUUUCGGCUGCAGCCGGAUACAUCGCGGAGUAUCUGCUCUGCUCAACCCACCAGUCUCCUGCAGCCGACCUGCGCUCUCAUUCACAAACCCGCGGGCCAGCAUUCCAGUAUUCGCUCUCGGCACUGAGGGUGGUUGCUCAAGCAGGCAAGAACUCGCUCAAGAGCCACAGAGCCUCGUCGUUCUCGUGGCAGAGACUCCUCGGAAAGCUCUCGGCCACCCUAAGCAUGUUGCAGAGCCAGUCCGAUGCAUCCAAGCCGGAACUCAGGUUGGCCGGGACAGAAGAGCUCCAUCAGUUUGUCCUGACAACUUGUGAUAUCCGCGAUACGCUCCUCUCGGACAUGCUUGAAAUGCGAGGGGACGGGUGGACAGCUCUAAAGUCCUUCGAAGCCGCCGUGACAGGCUACUUUGACACUGUUCUGCUGCCAAAGGUAGUACUGCGUGUCAUCGUGUUCGCACUGUCGAGCUUGCGACUGCACGAAAGCCAAGGGUCGUCGAGUGUACGUCCUUGAUGCAAGUGUUGCCACCUUGGCAUCAGAUCGGUAACAGUACCCAUGACUUGAUGAUGCCGAGAUGUUUCAGAUGGGCGGCUCGACCGGCUCGGGUGAGCCCGACAAAUCCGUGACGUU